GUCGCUGUCAUCAUGCAGGUGGAAUCUGCGCAGUGUGCUUCACAAUAAAAACCUUUGACAGGGACGCCACGACUUCUCCGAGCUGCCAGUCAGCUGGACUCCUGACAUCAAACCGCCGGGGAGGAAGAAGCAACAAGACAAGAGACAAACCGACUAAUUGGACUUUUUAUUCCCUUGCACCCUUUACCUACCUAAGUUAGGUAUAGAAAUAUAGUUAUAUUUGGAUUAGGAUCUCGUUAAAGUAUUGCUCUGCGCGGGAUAAUAAAACGCUGUUAAAAAGUGGUUUCCUCUUUUGGCGCAGUCACAGCACAGCUCGGCGGGAGACGCAGAGGAUGUCAUCCAGUCCUAAAGGAAAUGAAAGUCCCAAACAGAGCAGGAGGACGUAAUCUUUUGGGAAUAUCUUCUCUUUGCACGCGUCGGUGCGAUGGAUGAAGGCACCGCCAGCGACACCAUCCCAGAUCUGAAAGACAUAGAGACAAAAAUCGGCCGGAAGACUCCCGAGGGUUUGCUCAGGUGGAUGAGAGAAGAUGCGUCCUCUCUCCGGGGAGAAACCAAACUGGCCACCCCUCAGGACACCAGUAAGGACACUGGGAGGAAGAGUUUGGAUGAAAAGAUUAGGAAGCUCAGGAUGGAGAUGGCUUAUCUUCGCUCAGUGGAUGUCAAGAUUUUGCAGCAGUUACUGGCGGUCCAUGAGGGCAUUGAGGCAGUGAAAUGGCUGAUGGAGGAGCGCAGCACAUUAACCAGUCACUGCAGCAGCCUGACCAGCAGUCAGUACAGUUUGGGUGAGGGCCCUGACACGUCUUGGAGAGGUUCCUGGAGCAGCCUGCAGGACCCCACGAAUGACAAGCUAGACAACAUCUCUAUUGGCAGCUACCUGGACACUCUGGCUGAUGACAUGGAUGAGUACUGCCCCUCCAGCUCAGAGUCCGUGAUUUGCUCCACCACGCCACUGGUUUCAGAAGCUACACCCGAGAGCAACACAACCGGAGACCUGAGAGUGUCUGGAGCAGGAGCUGCUGUGGGAGCUCGGUCGAGUAAUGGAGAUGGGAAUCAGAUUCGAACUGGGACAAGUGACAAAGAAAUGUUAGGGGAACAUGGGGUUAGCAGUGCCAUCACUGGGCCUGGAGGUAGUGAAGCUGGAAUAUUAGGAGCUCCUGUCAGGUUUCCCCAAGUCAAGUCAAACAGCUCCAAGGAAAACACUCCAGUCCGAACCAAGCCUGCAGAGACGGAUAAGGGCAGCCCCGUUUUAAAAGACGAUGCCAAAACACAAAUGCUUAAGGUCAACGGUGUUCUGGAAAAAACAGCAACACAGACAGGCAGCCCGACUCGCAGAAGCGUUCCUGACAAACUGGGAACCAGACAGAGCCCCAAAGCCAAACAGUACAAAAACGGAAAGAUCGACUUGGAUACAUGCAAAAUGAAUGGCAAAAUGCACCUGGAGUACGAUGCUCACUGGCGAUGGGUGCAGUCACAGGAAGAUGUGACGUUUUUGUAAAAAAAGACCAUUACAUUGAGGGUGAACUACCAUAUUAAAUGACAAUAACAUUCUUCCCUCUGCACUGACUUUUCUAGAAAACAUUGAUGUCACCAUUUUACAAGAUUUGGCCCAAUUAUUUUUGCCAAAGAGGGAUUCCUCACUCAAAUACAGAAAAAUUACUUUGAAAAUUCAGCACCAUAGAAUGUCUCAGGAUAUUUUUAGCAGGCCCUAAUUUUCAUUUGAGAUGUAUAUUUUUAAUUUUUCUGUAGAAAAAAAAGCACAGUGACAUGAUUUGCCAGAGAGCUGAAACAUUAUUGCAGAUUCUGUGAUAUGGCAGUGAUUUCAAAUUUUUCUUGUUUAUAAAUUUGUCUCCCUUUAAUUCUUCCUCAAUAAUUUUAUUGAGACUCAAUUGCUGACCCUGAUUUAUUUUUUUAAAACCAGAUUUAGAUUGCGAGUCAUAAAAAUCUCUCUUCAGAUUCUUCUCAUGACCAUUUGGCAGGUUAAUCAAUUGCUGACCUUCCCUUAAAACUGGACAUUUCAAAAAUAAUGGCACUAGUGUAGUUAAAUGUACCAGAUUUAAAAAGACAAACUCCAACAUAAGUUGUCCCUUUUUCAUACAGUAGAUUUACACUACAUAUGCUGUACAAACAUAUUUAUGCAUACCUGGCCUUGUCUAAUAAUUGUACAGCACACAUAUUAGAGCAUUUUACCAAAAUGUGCAGUGCAAGUCAUUAUUAUUAAAUUACUACCUAAAACAUUCCUCUAACCAAAAGUAACUUUUAAUGUUAAAAAAUCAACCAAGGUUUGAACAAGUUUAAAAAAACAAAAACAAAUAGUUUUGUCAUUGUACAGUCUUGUUUCAGUGCAACCAUCUACAAUAAUGUAAAUUCACAAUACAGCUACUCUGUGCAUCUGUUAUUAGUGGUGUCUGAAAUCCUGAAUACAGCCUUUUUUCAGUUUUAUGCAAUGAAGAAGUUGUGCCUCUUUAGUGUGAAGUUUAACAGCAAAAUCCUGUAUUUUUCCUAAGAUGAUUGCACUGUCGUUACAGCUUGAAUGCCUUGGUUUGUUUUGUUUUUUUAACCACGCCUUUGCCUCUGCUAGUGUGUCCAGAUGUACUGUAGCUAGGCCAGGACUCUGGCCAGGACUCUGUGCUUUUGGAUGUCAAUUGGUGAAUGUGUUAUGCGUAGAUAUUGCAUGGCAGGUGCUGAAAGCUUUAGUUUUUGGUUUGUGGGGAUGGUGUGGAAGAUCGAACAAUCAAGAAAAGCAAUAUAUUUUUUAAACUCUUAUUCAGAAAAAGUAAUCCAAUAAUACAAGUUUUCUUAGAUCGGAAUGUUACUUAUGAGCCAGAAGAAAACCGAUGAGUCCCAAAGUUUUAAAAAAGCUUUUUGACUGAUCUAUCACAUUGUUGCUAUUCCUCCAGUCAAUCAGCAGUUAAACAUCUUGAGGUGAACAGAGCUGGGAAUCUGUCAUUAUGUAAGCAUAAUAUUUAGUCUAAUCAGUAAAAAUAUUACAACACUACCCACUUGGUAACUGUAUCACUGGAAUACGGCAUGUAUUCCAGUCGCCAUGCAGUGACAGUCUUUUUUCUCCUCAUUGAUUAUGUGCGUCAGUACUUAUAGUUCCCACAACAGCCUCUAUAUUCCUAAAAUCCAUAUUUUAAACAUCUGGUGGCAGGAAUGAAAGUUAAAAUAUUCACAUCUACAUCUAAAAUAUUGACAUCUAUAGUCAACUGGUCUUUCCUACAUUUGGAAAGAAAGAUCUUGACCUGUACUUAUGGUGGGAGUCAUUGGACUUUUAUUCUGUAUUUCUUAAAUAAAACUAUUACAAUUCUGAUGGGCCAUUGAACUGUCCAGGGUGUAUAUCACCUUCAGCAACCUCUGCUUAAAAGGACUAAAACUAAAAAGUAUCAUUCCAAAGUUGUCACUGUGAUAAGAAAAAUGUUUGGCAAAUGAUUUAAAGAUUUUGUUGUAAAACUUAGUAACUUAUAGUAUUUUCAUCUGAACCACUGGAGUGUUUUCUCUUCUCCUCACUUUCUUUUCAUCCCACUUUCCCCCCUUACCCAUAGUAGUAGAAUGGAAAUGUUUAGUCUGUGCCAACAAACAUUAUGUACACACAAUGGUCUCUCAUUGGAGACAGCUCCAUCGAGACAAGUAAGAAAAAGUGUGCUCAAACUUGACCCUGAACACUUAAACAAGUAACCCUAAAAGAACCCCACUUCCCCCUCUUUUCUCUUUAAACGCAAUACACACAACUACAACCCUGGUGAUGUUUUCAUUCACAAUACUAAAAUGAAGUCUUCUGAAACGUUAGUUCCUUUCAACAUAUGUGCUGGAUGAAAAGCAAUAAAAACAAGGGAUGUCUGUGCGACUUCUUUGUGGUUUUGUUUCCAAAUGAAUAGAGGUUUGAGUUUUAAAAAAAUAGCAGUGAACCAAGCUGCAAAACUCAUUACAUCACUACGUAGUGUGUCUUUAAGUGGAUACACUGCAGCCCACGGUGGGUUUAAUGUGUUUUCUCUAGUCAGAUCCAGUUUAGAUUUGAAAAAUCGACAUAGUUUUAGUUCAACUCAUGGCAGAGAUUUAAUGAGUGCAAAUGAUGCAAGGAGGAGCUACUUGUGCUCUGUUAUUUUGGGAGAGAAAAUGACUGCUGUGACAGUUGUUUUUUCAGGCAAAUCUGAAAUAAAUCUGGGAUCUUAUUUCUUUUAGAAGACAUUAUCGCUGUCUAAAUGUUCUAGAUGUUUUUAAAUGCUCACUUUAAUGGAUCUGACCAGGCUUCAGGUACCAGCACCCUCAGGCUAUUCUGGGAACAAGAUAAAUAGCACGAUUACGUAGAUGAGUUGAUGUGCACAGAAACACAGUUGCCAUGACAAUGAGGCCGAGCAGGCUGCAGCUCGAGUGUCUAUAUAAAAACACACAGAGUACAGCAGAGGCAGCAGCAGUGGAGCAGUAUGCUUUAGAUACCAGAUUACAUAAAAGAUUUACUGACUCAAAGUUAGAAUGAAGUUUUUAAUCUGGCAUUUUAAAGAUGACACCUAAAACGAGUUGAAUUUCCUUCAAAAUAAGUUUUGAGAAGUUCAGAUAAUUCCAUAAAAGAGACGCAACCAGAUUAAAUUUAACAUGUAUAAAGAUUAACACCAACAUCACUCACAAAUGAGUGACAAUUAUUAAACAAAUCAAUCCCAACACAGUACUAACUUAAACAUUUCAAGGUACUUGCCCAAGUAUCAACUUUGUUCUGUGUCAUAUUCAGUAACAUUCAGAGGCAAAUAUUACAAAUAAUGGUCAAUUAAAAAUGCUUUCUAACUCAGCCUUCCUUACCAACUAAUGAAAGAUUAGUUUGUCUACUGAAUGCCACGUGGACCUACAACCACUACACAAAUAGAUUGAUAUAUUUGAAGAAACUAGUGAAUGCGGCUCAUUUUAGCUUUGAUCAGCUGCAUAUAAAUAAUAAGUAUUUUUGUUAUUCUUUAAAUUUUUUUUAACCUAAAAUCACUGGCAUUUCUACAACUGAGUGAUUCAUGUUAAGUUGUAUUCAGUUUUUUAGCUCAGUGUAGCCAUUUCCAUACCCAACAUUCAGAAGUAUGUAAAAAAUAAAAAGUGAAACAAAAGACAGCUGAGAAAUUUGCCAGUCAUGGUGUUAAAUCAGAAAAGCUAAACCCAGGGGAAAAUGAAGACAUUAUCAACCUAAUUAGUUAUCGCAAAGUCUCCUGCUCAAAUUUAUAAAGUGAAGAUUAAUGUGACAAUUUAAUACCUUUGUUAGAAAAGAACAUUUGAAGAGACCUGAAAAAGACUCCUAAACACACUUAUUUUGUUUGAAUGUAUCAGUAUGGCUAAUUGUUUCACUUUUUUUUUACUUUUAGCUCAUCCAGGCUUCCAACACAGACAAUUUUGUUGCAAAAGUUCUCACUCUGUCCUUUUUCAGAAAUCCACUCAACAUAUUUGGUAUUUUUAAGUAAAAAAUCCCGUCUGUAUAUCCUUGGCACAAUAAUAAACAUAGGGGAUUCAGAACUUACAGAAAUUACUGGUUUCUGGCACUUGCUAUUUACUGUUGUUGUUUGUUUUUAUAGUUGCUAUGAAGUUCAAUUUCUCAGAGCAGUAGAAAGCUCAAAUGGAGAGAUGUCAUUUAGUUAAUUUAGAAAAACUGAAAUAUUUAAAUAUAUUUAAAGGUUUUAUUGGCUCUGGUGGCCUUUAAAACCAAUAAGAAAAUCCUGGAAAGCUAUGGCAGCGUCUUAUUUUGUGUAGUAUUAUUUGAGCUACAAUACUCCUGUGCAUGUAAACAGAAGAUAUUGGAAUUUAACUUUGAAUUACAAUGACUCCACAAAGCAUUAAAUAAAGAGAAAUAAACCUAAGCUUAUAAUUUUCUAACAUGUGAAGGAGCAUGUUUUAAAACAUUGCUGUAAUAUUUUAAAUUGGACAGGCACACUGCGUUCCUUCCUCUUAGAUGACAGCAUUAUUUUUCUUGGCAUCUUAUUUAUAUGUUAUGCUUCUGUUUGUCUUUGUUCAUGUGUCAGACUGCAAAAAGAAAUGGAAGUGAACCCCACUGACUGCACAAUGAGGUCUGACAUGGAUCCAAAACCAAACUUUGCCAAAUCUCAGCAAAGAAAAUAAAAAAAAUAAAAGCCCUCUACAAUACAGUUAUCUGGAUCUGUUGAAUAUUCAUGUUGAUUUAUUGAGUGAAUUUCUGUGAUCAGAAUUCUUUUUUGUUGUUGUUUUGUCCUUGUUAUGCAAUGGAAAACAUUGAUUUUACAAUUGUAAACUAGAAGUAUUCAAUCAUUGACUUUGUUGAUGUGCAGAAUAUAUAUUCAGAAUGUAAAUAAUCCAAGCGUAUCCAACAAUUAAAGACAUUAAUGUAUUUUAACUUUGA